ACGACUCGCGCACGGUGAAGACGUCUGCCCCGGCCCUGCGAGUGCUCCCGCCUCGGGCCGCCCGCGCCCGCCUCCCGCCGCCGCGGCCGCUGCGGCCGCCCCGGCCUGACCUGACCGGGAAGCAGUUCCGGCGGACCGCCGCCGUGACUCAUCGGCCUGCUCGCGUCCUCCGAUCGUGCCAUCUUGGCUGUGGCCGGCGCGCGGCAGACGGAGCCGCGGAGGGAGGGAGCCGCGGAGACCCAGGUACGCGCCCGCCGCCCGCCCCAGGCCCCGGCGCCACCGCAGGCUCCAGAACAAGUCCAACCACCUGUGCAGCCGGACUUGGCCUUCUGAGGUCCGCGGUAAAGGAGCCACAUCUGGAAUCGGGGAUCCCCAAGGCCUGUGCCACCUGCCUGGGCCGGGCUGUGCUCAUCUCUCUCCUCUGUCCGCCUUCACUCUGAGUCUCGAACCCCACCCUGUCCUCGGCCCUGCACGGAUCCACGCAGUUUUAGCAUCACAGGUCCUCAGGUUCCGGGUUACCCGUACCCUCUUCGCCCAUCCCAUCGGUCUCAGCCUUUGGCUGACCUCUACAACAUGGUCCAGCCCCAGACCUCAAAAGCGGAAACCCCAGCCUCUGCAGCUUCUACCAAUGCCCAAAUGGAUGACGUCAUCGACACCCUCACCUCCCUGCGCCUCACCAACUCGGCGCUGAGGCGGGAGGCCUCGACCCUUCGGGCGGAGAAGGCCAAUCUUACCAACAUGCUGGAGAGCGUGAUGGCAGAGCUGACCUUGUUGCGCACCAGGGCUCGGAUUCCGGGCGCUCUGCAGAUCACCCCGCCCAUCUCAGCAAUUACCUCCAACGGGACCCGCCCAAUGACCACGCCUCCAACCUCCCUGCCUGAGCCGUUUUCGGGAGACCCGGGCCAGCUAGCAGGGUUCUUGAUGCAGAUGGACAGGUUUAUGAUCUUCCAGGCCUCCCGCUUUCCUGGUGAGGCCGAGCGCGUGGCGUUCCUUGUGUCCCGGCUGACUGGGGAGGCCGAGAAGUGGGCGAUCCCCCACAUGCAACCUGACAGCCCCUUGCGAAACAACUAUCAGGGGUUCCUGGCAGAGUUGCGGAGAACCUACAAGUCUCCACUCCGGCACGCGCGGCGCGCCCAAAUCAGGAAGACUUCUGCGUCCAAUCGGGCUGUGCGGGAACGGCAGAUGCUCUGCCGCCAACUGGCCGCCACGGGCACAGGGCCCUGCCCUGUGCACCCGGCCUCCAACGGGACUAGUCCAGCUCCCUCCCUGCCCACCCGAGCCCGGAACCUUUAAGAACCGGCCACCGCCCUGGUGGCACUUGCAGCUACCAGGUAGCGUAACCCCUUUGCUGCGUAGAAGAAAUGUCCCUACAACGGCAUCGUUCUUGUUUCAAGAUGCUCUUCCUGCCUCUCCAGACCUGUUCCAGAAGAUCUUCCUUCCUACUCUUGGGUGCCCUGUUACCCACCUGGCUUCCUAGUGUCACGUGCUAGGUUCGUACCUACACCUCAGUGCAUGUAUCCCCUCUCUUGCUUGCAACCCCAGCUCUUCUGGUGACCACAGCUCUGCUACUCGGUCACCCCGACUCCACAGCACGCUCCGGCCGGUUUGGGCUGACCUCUCCCAGCCUGACGAGGCUCACAGACUCUCCUAGGCCACCCUCUGCAGCCCCCACAGCAGCGCCCCACCUGGGGGCCCUGUUCUCACUGACGGCAGAGAGCAGCCACUUGGGCCAGACUGGUGCCUUGAUGUGGAGCCCCGGAGCGGUGACCUCCAGCCCUGCCAGUGCCCAGCGUGCAGGCAGGGGCCUUGUCCCUGCUGUGGUGGCCAGUGAUCACUGCUCGGAGUGUAUCUCCAGCAUUUCUGGGGCCCAGCUUCACUCUGCACAUGAGGACGCAGUCAUUAUGCCCACGUUGCUCCCGGGAAAGACCGAACAUGCAGGGGAAGGAGAAGCACCUGGAUGACGCAUCUCCAUUAUUGCUCGGCUUUAGCUGCCAGUGGUCUGGUGGCAGCAGGAAUUUGGGGAGUCUGGAACUUGCCUCCUUUAAAGAGGGUCCUUGUGACUUUGGGCCCCUCGGCAGUUCCAUCAAGCUGCCAGAGGCAGCACAUUCGUGCACAUCCACGCCUGAGAGCCACGGCACGCUGAGGGGUGGACACUGGUGGCUCAUUUUGCUGCCCUGGAUCUCCAGUGGGAAUCACCUCUAGCUGCUAGUGUGCAGACACCCUUCCUCUUUGUCCCAUGUCACUGGGUGGUGGGCUUUGUCUAGCUUGAGACUUGUUCCCUUGUCCGUUCAUGGGACCUGUGGCCUUCACUUCAGCCCCUCCGUCACUCACAGCAUCUCGGGGUCUCCAGAGCCUCCAUGUAGGUAGGAUGCCCUCCCCGUGGCUGGGCUGUCCAUCAGCUGCCCAGCCUUUGCCUAAGAAAGCGUGGACUCGGCUGGAGACCCAGUUCCUCUGGGAUGCAGCCUUACGCAGUUAAGACAAGGGUGUAUUGGCCCCUGGCAACCAGGGCCUUGCUGGCAUUUGUGAAGGAAGAGAACUGCGGACACCUGCAUCCUGAUGUGACAUACAGAAGUGGCACUCGUGUCCUGAUCCUGAGGGACAAAGCUGUACCUCGUAGUGGUGGACGGCCUUGUCCAUCCUCACGGGGGACGCCCAGAAAUCUCUAAAUGAGACGUGGCUGAGCCCUUUGGCUGGUGUUGCUCCCUCCCUAUUUCAAUGCCAAAGGAAUUGCAUUUACGUGACCACCUGGACAAUGGGGGGUGGGGGAUCUUGCCCUGAGUUCAUCGGCCUGGUAAUGGUCCCGGCUUCCGUGUAGGACCGCCCCUGUACCCACCCAAAGGCAUAUGUCUUGGGACACCCAGAGUUUGCGUCCUAGGGCCCGUCCUUACUUCCGGAGAGUUUUGGUGAUGCUGGGAACAGUGAGUGCGUUCCUGAAGCAACCAGGGCCUUGCAAGGUCAAGGACAUUCCGUGGUUGCUGGUGUGCGUGGGUCACUGCCACCCACUAAUUGUAAACUCUGUUAGCCCAAUUGCCCUGCUGAACAACCGCCUGAAUACAGGCUACCUGCCCCCUGGAUUCCAGCCCAGGCUGUUCAGGCAGGACCACGGUGCUCAUUAGGCAUGAAAGGGGGAGGACACAGUGGAGCCACCAUUCCGGGGGUGGGGGGACCUCUGGUGGGGGUGCAGAUCGCUUUUUCUUUGUGCUCAGUUUUCUCCCGUCUGCCUGCCAGGUAGAGGCGGCCACAGAGGACGGGGUGCAGUGGCACCUGGGGCAAAGCAGGCCUGCAGUGGUAAUAGAUACGUUGAAGAUACCCACGUGGCUUAGCCCAGCCCGGGUCGGUGACCCAGCGUCGGGCAGGGCGGAACUCUUACCUCCGCAGCCCCUGCGUCUGCCCGACGUGUCCAGGGCUGGCCAUGCUGCUCAUGCCCACCCGUGACCUGGCCCUGUGUCUGUGGGUCAGCGUGGCCGGGCUGCUGCUCCAGCUUCAUCUGGCUUCGUGAUUGGGUUGUGUUUCAUCUUGGCGCUUAGGUUGUGGGCUUGGGACUGGUGCUGUUGUACGUCUGUGACCUUGACCGCUUCCUGCAAUUUUGGAAACAAGCAGAUGAGAAAGGCUGGGGUGGGGAGGGGUGUCCCCACAUUGGACUCAGAAGAAGCUCCACACCGGGAGCCAGUGGCUCUAGUGGAGGACACCCACCCAGUCCCCAGCUAAAGAGGAGGGGACCCAAGCUCCAAGCAGCCCAGGUGAAGGCCACAGUGACGGGAGGGUCAAGAUGGAGAAGCAAGUGGGGGAGGGGAGCUGCUUUGUACAUACUUUAAGGUGAUAAUUUCUCUAAAUUUAAGAGAACAGGUAUUGAUUUCUAAAAGGCACAGGCAGUGAGUAGUGUUAAUGCAUGUGAGGGACAGUUUUAUGUUUUUCAUGGUGGUGACAUUGUUUGGACUGUAUUGUGACUGCUUUCUGGUCCACGUGAUCCCCAUCUGGUAAGUAAGCUUCACUGCGUAACGGCGUCAUUUGAGAGGGGACUCAGAAUAAAGGGUGACUGCCUAGCCUAACACACAGUGUGACCUUGGGAUUAAUGAAUGCCCUAAAGCACUUCAGUGACGUCUAGGAAAAAGCCAAGACCCAUUUCAUUGGUCCCAGGUAAGUAUGUGAUGAGUAAGUAAUGACGAGGAAUGCAGAAAUAACCCCAUGAAGCGGCAGGUAAGACUUUAUUACCGAUGUACAUGGUCUUGGUGUGGGGGUGGGGGAGGGGGUGGGGCGGAACCACCCACUGGAUGACCCUGGUCCUGGCCUGUAGGGGAGAGCAGCUGGGGAGAGGUGAGCAUGCGCUUAAGGUCACCUGAGGGUGCAAACCCUGCAAGCGAAUAAAAGGUGGACACGCCGGGACCACCUCCCAGGAGUGAAGCUUUUGGAGGGAGGAGCGACAGCGUCCUUGCAGAGGUCCCAUCUUGCAUCCAGAGCUGUAAGGUUAAGGUCACCUCUGCUCAGGAAGCGUAGAGAUGAAGACAAAAGGUGGGGCUCCGGGGAAGGAAGCAUAGAGCAGGUUGUUGGGCUUUCCAGUCGGGGUCAGGGCAGGUCCAUCAUCUGCUGAAUGGAGAUGCCGUCUCCCGUGUCAUCUCAGGGUCCUAACUGGUGUGGCGGUUGGCACAGCACAGACGAAGUAGAGACGGGAGGAACCCCAACUUCUUACUUCAACAUCACUAGCUCCAUAAACAAGUGACAACCUACUAGGUCUUUCCAGCAAACCUACACAUUAUAGGAAUUUUGGAAAAUAGAGGAAAAGUAAAAUUUAACAUUUGGAUGUUUUUGCUCCUAUGCCCCCCCCAUUUUAUUACUAAUUUUAUCUUGAAGUGGCCGUGUACUCCGUCAAGGUGGACAGUCGUGCCCAGGUUUAUCACUGCCGUUACUAAUUUUUCACUGUUACAAACCGAUGCAUAUCUUUGUGCAUCAAAUUUUUCCCAGUGUCCCGUUUUUCCUUAGGAUAGAUUCCCCGAGGUGGGAUUACUGAAUUAAGGAA